AUGGAAAACGUUGAUCGGAUCACAUUGCUAAACGAUAUCGAUGUUCUUACCACAAACUACACUAUCAAGGUUAAAAUUAUUAGUUUGUGGAGGAAGAAAAUGAGGGAUAAUGAAAGGGAGACAUAUCGAAUAGAUAUGAUACUGAUGGAUGAAAAGGGUAGCAAAAUUCAAGCUUCUUGCAUGCAUAAGCUAUUUUCAAAGUUUGAGAGGCAUCUUAAUGUUGAUGCAUGCCUUAUCAUUAAACGGCCAUCUCUUGCUGCGAACACAGCAUCUUUCAAGAUUGUUCCUAACAACCAGAAGCUAACUUUUUAUUAUCAUACCUUUGUGGAAAAGUGCAAUGUAUGGGACGGUCCGCAAUACGUUUUCAAUUUUGUUGAGUUUAAUGAUGUUCUUUCAAAGAAAAUAAAAGAGGGUACGACAGUAGAUUUCAUUGGGUAUGUUGGUGUUUGUUAUAACAUUGAGGAUACUAACAAAAAGGAUGGUAGCAAAGGGAAACGUCUUAAUCUUAAGCUUCAAGAUCUUGAAGAUGUUCAGAUCGAUUUAACUCUUUGGGACGAUUACGCUAAGGACAUGUAUUCUUACAUGGUUAGCGAAAAGCGUGAAGCACAUGUUGUCGUUGUUGUCCAUUUCGGUGCAGUUAAAUCAUACAAAGGCAAAUGGGGAUUUUCCAAUAACUUUGAUGGUUCAAGACUUUUCAUUAACGACAACUUUGAUGACAUGCUAUUGUUCAAGCAAAAGUUUCUUGCUAAACUUUCUGCUUCAACUGAGUCAAGUAGCCAUGCUGGGUCAUAUAUGAUGUGUUCUGUCGAAGAUGAAUUUUUAAAGAAUGAUGUUUUUUCACCACUUGCUUAUCUUCCAUCAAUCUUAGAGCCAAAGAAAGUUGUUGUUGUUGGAACUAUUGUAGCAAUCGUUUCUGAUAAGAUGUGGUAUUAUGAUGGGUGUAACUAUUGCAAGUCAAAAGUUGAGAAAAAGUUUGAAACCUAUGAUAAAGAUGAUGGAACAAGUGAUGUUAGAGAUGCGCAGUUGUAUCAAUGUUCUAACAAGGAUUGUAAUGGAAAAGAGGUUUUCCCGCUGUCCAGGUUUAAAAUACCGGUUCGCGUUCAAGAUUCAACCGGAAUUGUGACGCUUACAUUAUUUGACCAUGAGGCCAUGAAAGUUGGUAUAUACCUGAGAGACCCCGUGUUCUCACAUGGUCAGCUUUAUGUUGCGUUGUCGAGGGUAAAGACUAAGGAUGGCGUUAAGGUUUUAAUAUUCGACAAAGAUGGGAGGCCAACAAAUAAAACUGCAAACGUUGUUUACAAAGAAAUAUUUGGGAAAUUGUAG